GGUGACAUCAGCCGUGAAAAGGGAGCGGGCGGCGGCAUCCGCCACUGCGGGACCGCACCGGGACCGGGAUCGGCACCGCAGGCAUGGCGAACCGGGGACCAUCGUAUGGGCUGAGCCGGGAGGUGCAGCAGAAGAUCGACCGUCAGUACGACCCCGACCUGGAGCAGCUGUUGGUGCGCUGGAUGGUGGGGCAGUGCGGGGAGGACAUCCCCCAACCCACGCCUGGGCGUGAUGGGUUCCAGCAGUGGCUCAAGGAUGGCACUGUCCUGUGCCGCCUCAUCAACAGCCUCUACCCGCGGGGCCAAGCUCCAGUGGCCAAAAUCCAGGCGUCCUCCAUGGCCUUCAAGCAGAUGGAGCAGAUCUCACAGUUCCUGCAGGCAGCCGAGCGUUACGGCAUCGCCGCCACCGACAUCUUCCAGACAGUGGAUCUGUGGGAAGGGAAGAACAUGGCGUGCGUGCAGAGGACGCUGAUGAACCUGGGCAGCUUGGCGGUGGCCAAAGGCGAUGGGCUCUUCGUGGGAGACCCCAACUGGUUCCCCAAGAAAUCACAGGAGAACCGCCGCGUCUUCUCGGAGGAUAAACUGAAGGAGGGGCAGAGCGUCAUCGGGCUGCAGAUGGGCACCAACCGCGGUGCCUCGCAGGCGGGCAUGACCGGGUAUGGGAUGCCCCGACAGAUCCUCUGAGCGGCCCCAAAACCCCUCCCCCCCAACCCCAAAGCUUCCAUGGGGCUGGGGGGGGUCCCCAAAGCACAUCACUCUUCCCCAUGGACCCCCCCAUGGACCCCCCCAUGGACCAACCCAUGGACCCCCCCAUGGA